AAGUCGUACAAGGAGAAGUAUAAUCGUGAGAAGGGGAAGUCCAGCUACACCAACAUGACGACGCUGCCCGAGGUGGAGCACGCCAUGGAGGUCAACAGGAACCAGAGCGACGUCAGCUACAGAAAAGAUAAAGAGCAGCUUCAUCACUACAACUCAGCACCAGACAGACCGGACAUCAUCAGCGCCACCAACGCUGCAAAACUGGCCAGCGACGUGGCCUAUAAAAGUAACACAAAGCAGCCAGUUUACAGCGACGUCUCUCUUUUGGCCAGAACUGACAUCCAGCACGCCAAGGACGUUUCACAACUGGCCAGUCAGGUGAAGUAUAAGGAGAACUUAAAGGGCCAGAAGCCUCGUUACAACCCACUUGAGUGUGUCUCCUUCAAACACACACAAGCUGCCGCUGCUCUGGCCAGUCAGGUGAAGUAUAAAAGCAACCAGAACCAGAAACCUGAGGGAUCAUCAGACCUGCCCAACCUCCUGCAGCUGGAGCACGUGCUGCACGCCAGCAAACUGCAGAGCAACGUGGAGUAUAAGAAGAAAUACGAGCAGAGCAAGUCCCACUACCACGUCGCCGUGGACACGGCUGAACAGCUCCACCACAGGGAGAACGCGGUGCUGCACAGUCAGGUGAAGUACAGAGAGGAGUAUGAGAAGAGCAAAGGUCGAUCUCAGAUGGAGUUUGGAGACACUCAGACGUACAGAGUGUCUAAAGAAGCACAGAAGAUGCAGAGCGACAGGGAGUAUCGGAGGGACUAUGAGGAGCAGGUGAAGGGGAAAGCGUUGCUGGACGUUGACCAAACGCCUGGAUACCUGACAGCACGUCACGCCAGCAGUCUGCUGAGCGAGAAGGAGUACAGGAAAGACCUUGAACAGGAAGUGAAGGGGCGUGGCUUAUCUGGCAUCGGGCUGGAGGAAACGCCAGAGCUGCUGAGGGUUAAAAACGCCACUCAGAUCCUGAACCAGCGGGAGUACCGCAGGGACAUGGAGAGGGAGGUUGUGGGUAAAGGGAUGGAGCUGAGCGUCGACGUCCUGGAGAUACAACGAGCCAAGAGAGCCUCCGAGAUCCAGAGCCAGAGGUUCUACAAGCAGACGGAGCAGCUCCGAGAAAACUCCUACGGGACGGUUACAGACACUCCUGAGCUGCUGCACGCCUCCUACCUCAAAGACGUCUACAGUCAGAAGAAGUAUAAGGACGAGGCCGAGCGGCUGAAGGGAAGUUACAGUCUCGUGUCUGAGACUCCAGAGAUGGAGCGAGUCCGAGCCAACCAGCGACACAUCAGCUCACUGCGAUACAGCUGGGACUCCAAGCUCAUGAGAGGUCUGUCGUCCUCAGUCACAGAGACGCCCGAGAUCGUCCUCGCCAGAGAGAACGCCAAGAAGAUCAGUGAUGUAGGUUAACGUGCACGUGAAAGAACGUAAAUUUCAGUGGCACAACUUAAGUGAUUUGCAACAGGAAGUAGAGGU